GCAUCCAUUUUAGCAAUGUCGAGUUUGGAAGAGCCGCUUGGUUUCGACAAGUUGCCUAGCAUGAACACCAUUGACCGAAUUCAAAGUUUCUCCUAUAGUGCUUGCCGGCCCAGGGUUGAUGAUAUGGGAAUGGGAUAUUGCUGGAUUGAGGGAAGGGGUUGCAGCUCAUCCAACAGUUGUGAGGAAGAUUAUGAGUAUACAAGAGAGACAUUUCCUUGCAAAAGACACACAAGGGACCUGUCCCAAGGAAACAGGAGGACUCUGAGCUUAGGCAGCAACCAUGUGGUGUCUGGAAGCAUUUGUGAUUCACAGUAUUUUCCUGAUCAUCAGUAUAGGGCUUUUGUUCCCAUGCUUGAAGCUGCAAUGGCUGUUUUUCCUGUCGAGAAGCUUUCCGUCCACUUCCAUGAUACUUAUGGGCAAUAUCUUCCAAAUAUUUAUGUGUCCCUCCAGGUGGGGAUUAGCACAGUGGACUCUUCUAUUGCGGGUUUAGGUGGAUGUCCAUAUGCAAAAGGAGCAUCAGGCAAUGUUGCUACUGAAGAUGUUGUCUACAUGCUUCAUGGACUUGGUGUGAUAACCAACGUGGAUCUGGUGAAACUCCUCUCUGCUGGGGAUUUCAUUUGCUUGCAAUUAGGUUGUCCAUCCGGAUCAAAGACAGCUGUGGCUUUAAGCCAAGUUACAGCCGAUGCCUCUAAGAUAUAAGACGUUUCAGCUAUGCAUGUUUAUACCAGAUAAACUAUUCAGCUGUCUUGUGUGUAUACUUUCUAUACAGAGAAGAAUAAAACAAACCCAGAGCUAUAUAUAUAAAUUCAGUAAUUAUAAUCUGUAGCAAAAUAUUGAACACAUUCUAAUAUUUGCUUUCAGAGCAGAAGCUGCCCGUGGCAGCAAAUAGAAGGGGAAGGCUGCUAACUUGGAUAAUGAGAUGUUAUCAGCACUAUGGUUAUGCUUUACAUCUGCUUGCCCCUCUUGAUUUCUACUUCAUGAUCUCAGCUCUUUUAGGAAAGGAAUGUUGCGGGUGAAAGGCAUAGUGAAUGAUGAAAUACGGCAUCCAAAACACCACUAUUUGCUCCCCAUUUGGAAGUCAAGG